CGUUUGAGUUGGAACGUGAUCGGUCAGUUGCUAAAAAAAGAAUCUGGGUUAAUAAACAACAAAAUAUCAAAGCGGUGCAAAACGUGGUGUUAUCAGUGUGUGCAACAUCUAUAAAAUGACGGGGGCACCUCGUGAACGCUGGGGCAGCCAAAUCGAAUAUUUGUUAUCAUGUUUGGGGUACGCGGUUGGCAUUGGUAAUGUCUGGAGAUUUCCUUAUCUAUGCUAUAGGAAUGGAGGAGGGGCAUUCCUCGUCCCGUAUUUGCUCACCCUGUUCGCUUGCGGGAUCCCGUUGGUGUACCUGGAGACGACUCUUGGACAGUUCGGUAGUACUGGAUGCAUCUCUGUCUUCAACAUAAACCCUUUGUUCAAAGGAGCUGGGUAUGCUGCUGUCAUUCUAAACGUGAUAGCCAUUGUUUACUUCUCCACCAUUCUGUCAUACCCGAUCCUGUUCAUUUACCAUUCAUUCAGCACUCCGCUGCCAUGGCAACACUGCGGUAAUUACUGGAACACUGACAAAUGUGUUGAGAUAACGAGUAAUUCGAGCAUAUUUACUAGCAAUGGAUCUAUUACAACCCCUGAAGACGAAUUCUACCACAUACGGUUGUUGCGAAUGUCGUCCGGCAUUCAUGAAAUUGGCGGCAUGGUGUGGCCUGUCUUCUGGUGCAACUUGAUCGGAUACCUGUUAGUGUAUAUGUCUAUCUGCAAUGGAGUCAAGAGUGUCGGUAAGAUAGUGUACUUCACGGUGAUAUUUCCUUACGUGGUUCUAUGCGUGCUGUUCAUUCGUGGCAUCACGCUACCUGGCGCUUGGGAGGGCAUUAAGUUCUACGUGUGGCCCGACUGGCAGAAACUGGGAAACUCCAAGGUUUGGGCAGAUGCCGCUAUGCAACUGUUCUAUUCGCUCGGACCUGGCUGGGGAGGAUUAAUCAGUAUGGCCAGUUUCAAUAAAUUUCAUUACAAAAAUUUAAGAUCAUCUAUCCUGAUUCCUCUAAUCAACAGCGGCACUAGUAUCUGGGCAGGUUUCGUAGUAUUCUCCGUGCUAGGCUUCGCCGCAGAACGGGCAGGUGUCCCUAUAGACAAAGUGGCCACAGCAGGCCCUGGUCUCGCCUUCAUCACGUACCCUACUGCUGUAACUAUGAUGCCUGCGUCCAACUUCUGGGCCCUCACGUUCUUUGUCAUGCUGUUUCUCUUAGGUAUUGAUUCUAUGUUCGUGACAAUAGAGGCAAUAAUCGCUGGCUUCAUGGACGAGUUUCCGAAAUUACGGGCGCAUAAACGAUGGAUAACUUUUCUGACGUGUGUUCUGCUCUUCCUUUCGGGAAUCAUUUGCAAUACUGAGGGUGGCCUCCACGUCAUUAGCCUCUUAGAUACACAUGUGGCCAUCGCGGCAGCACCGGUGGUUUGUUUAAUGGAGCUCAUAGCGGCGGUGUACACAUACGGAACCGCAAACCUGAGUCUGGAUGUCCGCUUCAUGACUGGACGGCCGCUGAGACCGUUCUGGAUAUUUAUGUGGCGUUACAUAGUGCCACCUUUCUUAUUGAUUAUAAUCGUAUAUGGAAUGCGGGAUACCACCGGCCUCGCGGGGUUGUGUAUCGCCUUAUGCUCCGUCAUGUGCAUACCGCUAUACGCCAUCAAGGUCAUUUAUCAAUCUAGAGGUCCUCUAAUACAGCGGAUCCGCGAAAAUUGCCGCGCGAGCAAGGAGUGGGGUCCCGUAGAUCCAGACCUGCGGUUAAGCUGGCUCGCUGCACGAAAGCAUGAGAAGAACAAGCGGCAAGCCAUCAGCGAGAUUGAGUGUUUCGGACACGAGCAGGCCGUGUGAUUUUUUGUGUGUGUGUGUGACUCAAUUAAAAUUGUUUACUUUUGUAA